AUGAAUCAAUCAUUACCCCUUGAGAUCAUUGAACAAAUUUUUCAAUACCUCCCCAUUCCAACAGAUGAACUUUUAGGAAAAGGGGAUGGAGGCAUGGCAAAAUGGAAAGAACUUCAAGAUAAAGAAUUUGUUAUAUCUUCAAUUCCUAAUCAUAGUGAGUAUUUCGAUCAACUUGAAAGUAAAGAGUUUUCAAAAAUUAUUCAAUACAAUCAUACGUCGUUUGAAUCUUUGGUGGACUGCUAUCAACAUCCACCCUACUUUCCUUCUGGAAUGUUACUCACAGUCAGUGCAAGAGAUUUAAUACAUGUUUUGAAGUACAAAGUGGUGAAAGAUAAUUUCCGUAUAGCCAUCCUCGAAACACUUCGUCCACAAGAAGCGGUCCUUUUCAAAGAGAUCUUUGCCAGAUUGGAUAUCUACUAUUUGAAGGUAACUUACGCCGAUUGUUUGUCUUAUUUAGGAGUUUCAGGUCUAGAACAGUUUUCUUUCGAAGCAUCAGACGAUCCUUCAAUACUCAACCGAUUCCCUAUAAAAAGAUUAGGAGUUCCAUACAAUAACUGGGGAUUUCCAAUACGAGGUCCAUUGCUCAGUAAUCUUGAAGAUUUGUUUGUUAAUUUGGAAGGAUACGAGCCUGGCCCUGUCAAAUUGGAUCUUCGUCAUUUAAAUCUUCAGGCAUUUCAGAUUUUUGCUUCCCGUGGAACAACCCCCCCUGAAUCCAUUGAAUUACUACUUCCCGAAUGUUUAGAAGAACUUUCCAUCAAUGCCAAAGUCGGCACUCUCGUCACCAACUUCCCCAAAGGUUUGAAAAGUUUCGUGACUCGUGAUUACGAUAAAUUAGACAUUUCCAAAUUACCAGUUUCUUUGGAAAAAUUAGAUUUCACUCCCAACUCAGGUUCAUUCUCUCGAUUGAGUCAUUUAAAGGAACUUCUCAUCACUUCUGCUAAGAAAGUGAUCAUCACUGAUCUUCCACCUUCUUUAGAGGUCCUUUCGAUAACUCAUCCAAUUCAAAUGAACGUAGACUUCACCAAACUUCCUAACCUUCGAAGUUUCCAUAUCAAAGGAGGAAAUUUUCAUCAGAUUUUCCCGAAUUUUGUUGCACCUCCUGGUUCUUAUGAUAACAGGCUUUGCUUCAUCGAACAAAACGAGCUUUACAGUGUUCCCUUCCAUGAGAAUCUUUCAUAUAUGUGUAUCAAACAAAUCACGGACCCACUUCUCACAGUUUGCUAUCCUCAAAGCUUGAGACUUUUGCAGUUCAGAGGAUGUGAUGAUGUCAAGUGUAUUAGAUUUUUACCACCAAACUUGAAAGGAUUGAAAAUAUUUUAUGCUGACACAACUGAAGGGGAUUUUGAGUUACCACCAACGCUUGAAUUUUUGGAUUUAACAGACUCAGUUGUUGAUGAGUUUUAUUAUGGUUCUUUGAAACAUUUAUUCUUACACUCGACAAGAUUGUGCCAAGGUGAUUUGACCAAUGACUUGGUUACGUUGAGUUUUAUAGAGGCUGGAGAUGUAGAAUUUCCUGCUAGACUCGAUUUAUCUAAAACUAGACUCUCCAAGUUCACAUACAAACGUGGUGUUGAUACGUCUAAUCCAUUAGUGCGCAUGAUGGUUCAAUUUGGAAUGGAAGUUGAUGAUCCUGACAACCCCAAAUUUCGAGUAAUUUUACCUUCUACCACAAGAUUGUUGGAUCUUGGUGAACAAGGACGUGACAGUUUUCGUUUUAACAAAUCAAGAGUAAAGAAGAAGCUUUUAAGAGAAAUUUAA